AUGAGCUCGUUAUUAUCCCUGCCAUCCGUUUUCCCUUGGAUUCGUCGUCCUGCCGCACCACUUCGUAUACCAGAGUGGUUCCUAACGAGCAACGUCAAAACAGCGGAAGAGCUUGACUCGGCUGACUCAGAUACAAAACUUGUGGUUGAUAGCGACUCUCAAACCAAUAAACAAGGGCCAGCUCAGCCGGACCUGUUACCAGAUUCACCAAGGCCAUGCGGCGAUGAAAGCUCGGGGUCCUCACGUACUGUCACGCCACCAGAACCGCGCGAGACUGUUAACAAGGAGAACAUCAAACGAAACGAAUGCCAAUAUCCCAUUCACCAGGGCAUUUUUUCUGAGCUUGUCGACAUCGCAAAUCAAGCUCUCUAUCAUGAUACGCAAUCAUUAGAGAGGUGUUCCCAGUCUCCUGCCCUUCUCCUACGGACCCCAGUUCCAGGAUGCAUGUACUAUAUGCAAUCAGUCGUGGAGACUUUGGCUCAAAAGCUUCGUGCUGAUCUAAUCUCAUUCAACUAUGAGGAUAUUGCCGACAUCUCGGUUGACUUCUCGCUCCAAGACAGCACGUCAAACCAUGAAGCCGCAACUUUGAAAGAGCUUCCAAUAUACUACUUUGACGUUGACUCAACCGACGACGAAGGGAAGGAAAACUCCGUUCGUGCUCAGAAAUCAGCAUCCAUAGUGAUAGAAUCCAUCACUAAGAAGAAAAGAACUACACUAGCAUCCGAGGGACUACAAAAGAACAAACCCGUUCCGCGAGCAACCUUGAUACAUAUUAGCAACCCAUGUAUGUUUCUCCGCGGACCAAGGACAACAAAGAUACUAUCAUCGUUCCGAAAGAAAAUUCAAGAGGGCAGGCAGAAGAACCGCCGCAUCAUCCUAGUUGUCACAGAAUAUGAGCGCAAGAAUCCAGGGUAUACAGAGAAAUGGGAGAUGGAGACUCUCAUGAAACAGAUUCUCGUCGAUGAAUCUUCUAUAAUCGACUUGAUACCGGCGAGUAAAGAAGUCACAGUGGCACGGAAACAGACUAGUCACAUUCUGGAGACGAAUAUCAGGUCUCUGAAUCGUGCCCUGAGAAGAAGGCUGCCACAGUAUCGUGAACAUGUCAGCCUCACACCAAGAUCGUCCUGGCACUUGAUAGCCGCGAAUGACAUUCCCAGGAAGCUUCAGGAUUCAGUAUUACCGCAAAUAGUACUCGAGCGCGCUGCGCAACAAAUUGCUGGGAAAUCGGUGCAUGAGCUAGCAUCCGAGAAAGACAUGUGCAGUGUGAUAGAAAGACUAUUGAACAACCAAAAGAUGGCCCGGAAAUGGAAGAAAAAAGGGAAACCUCGAAAAGGCAACUCCGACAAUGCUGAAAUCUCUGACGAGUCAGAACGCUGGAAUUCCAGAUCGGACUCGGACUCGGACCUCGAUAACACCAACUCUGAGAGAAAUCAGAGAGAAGAAAAUGAGACGUUUGAAAAGAUUAAAAGAGAGUUUCUGAGAAAGCAUAGAUCUGAUGACAAUAUGGAAGGCCUAAUCGACUGUGUGAUUCAUCCAGGCAAGUAUGCUUCCAAAUAUCCCAACAGACAACAGCGGAUCAAGGUGACUCUCAACGAUGUUGUUCUCGACCCGGAUAUUAAAACUUCCAUGAAGGAGUUACUACAACUUUCCAAAUUCCAGUCCAAGCAUGUCUCCCAGAAGCUUCUCCAAAAGGCGCAAAUCAAAGGCGCUCUUCUUUAUGGCCCCCCAGGAACUGGGAAGACACAUCUAGCUCGCGCACUUGCCAAAGACAUGGACAUGAAUUUCAUGGCCGUGACAUCAGCAACCAUUGAGACAAAAUACGUGGGAGAAACAGAAAAGCUGAUCAAGGCCAUGUUCAGCCUUUGUUCUGAGCUGUCGCCAUGCAUUUUAUUUAUUGAUGAGGCGGACGCAUUGUUUUCCAAAAGGAAGUCAGAUGAUAAAAACUGGAUCAGGAGUCGUAUCAACCAGUUCCUACAUGAAAUGGAUGGAUUGUCCACAAGUCAAGAUGGACCAUUUGUCCUCAUCGCGACGAACAAACCAACGGAGCUUGAUGAGGCAUUUCUUCGAAGGCUCCCCCAUCGAAUCGAAUUCAAACUUCCAACAGAACAGGAACGAGAACAAAUUCUUACUAUCCUGCUCGAAGACACCAAUCUGGACCGUGGGAUUGAUAUUUCCACGUUAGCUAAGGCAACAGAUGGGUUUUCGGGCUCAGACCUUCAGUCCCUUUGUGUUAAAGCCGUUUUAUUCUUUUCGAUUGAAGAGAAAGAUAAACCUCCCACGACAGAUCCUACUCAUGACACAGGCCUUAAGGCCCAUCACUUUCGCAAGGGACUUCAAAGCACGUUCAAAACGGUCUCCGAACAAAGCAAGAUCGAAAUCGACGAGUUUACCCAGGCCUUUGGCACAGUGAAUUUGAAUGGUUUUGGGGAGCGCAAAGUCUACCCAUCCAUUUAUCAGAAGUUGUAG